AUGUCUGCUCAACCACUCCCCAGCAACGACAAUGACGUUUCCAUCGCAACGAUAGCCCCCAAGCAAGAAGCGCCAACUUCAUCCAAAAAACUUCCCCCGCCAGAGAAGCCAUCUGACGUGCGCCGGCGCAGCCAUGUCAUCCUCUCCUUUUGGCUGAUUGUCCUCCUUUUGGGUCUCCCCAUAUGGUGGAAGACCACCACCAUAUACCGCGCCGAUCUUCCCUUGGAGGACAUGUUAGAAUGGGCAGACGGAAAGGCCUGUCGCCCCGUCUUCCCCCUCCGCAUCUCGAUACAAGCCACAUCGCUUCAGGAUCAAGAAGCUCAAAACCUACUUCGACUGACCCAGCACGCCCUUGACGAUCUUAAUGAUUUCGCCGGGCAUCAUCUUCGUCUUCAGAUGGGCGAUGAGAAGCAGGAUUCGGCCGACAAUGGCAGCGCCUUGACUAUUCGCCUCACUCCAGGCGAGGGCACAACCGCAACGCUUGAUCCAUACGAACCUAUUCUGGAUAUCACCUACCCACAAAAUACGAUACCCUCUCCAACCGCUUCCUCGUCGGCGCUUGCUACAUAUAUCGCAAGUCAGCUAAGGACCACGUUCGCCGAGGAACAGGCCACCAUCUCGUACCUCCUCUCGACGAACUCGAUGCCCUCGGAACACAGGCCGCUUGGAUUAUCGCCAGAAACCGCCGAAGCUCUUGCCAAGCGCACGACAAGAUCCUUGAAAUAUGCGCCGACUUACCAUCUUACCUUCUCUCUGUUUACAAGUGGGCCUCUACCAAGUAGCUGGGAUAUCGAGACCGCCAUCGAAGAGUACAUGAAGCCCGUGCUGGACGUCCUCUCGCCCAUUCACAAUUUCACGAUCGAUACCCAGGUACAACUAUACGCUUCACCUGGUGUUCAGAACCAAGUUCUCAACAAGGAGGAUUUGUCCUCUUUCAUCAACGCCGCGGAAUGGCCACUGUCGCCCUCCAUCGGUGGUGCGCCAACCAUCAACUUCAUUGUGUUUGUGGGGAACCAAACCAUUGCGUCCCCUUCGCAGGAGGCUGCGCCGACCUCCCAUUCAUGGCUGAUCCCCCAAUGGGGCACCGUCUUUCUGCUGUCCCUCCCUGGCGACACCACCCACGUCGCGGCCACCACCCUCAAGCAGCCCCUUUUGACAUUCACCUCUCACCUCUUGUCACUCACCGGCACCCCCGAGUCAGGUUCUCUACCCCUGCGCCUCUCCACCCUCGCGCGUAUCCGGUCUGCCGACCUGCUCCUUCGUGCCUCGUCCACCCUUGGAUCUCUGGCCCGUCUUGCCAUGGCUCUUCCCUCCAUCUCAAUCCCGAGUAGCGUCGCAGACGGCGUCACAAAGACCAUGUCGCACUUGCGCCUCGCUUGCGACAACCUAGGCGGCACGGAAGGACUGGCUCACGCGCGGAUUGCAGAGGUUGAGGCGGAAAGGGCGUUUUUUGAGAAGAGCAUGGUUGGGCAGUUGUAUUUCCCUGACGAGCACAAGAUUGCUGUUUACCUGCCGCUAUUGGGGCCGGUGGCGGUGCCGUUGGUUAUGGGGUUAAUUAACGAGAUUAAGGCUUGGAGGAAGAGGAGGAGGGAGCGGGCUGAGAAGGGGGCUGAGAAGAAGGGGGAGUGA